AUGGCUAUCCAGAAAAAGCAUGGAAAAGGUCGUUUGGAUAAAUGGUAUCGCCUGGCGAAGGAGAAGGGCUACCGAUCUCGAGCUGCGUUCAAGUUGGUUCAAUUGAACAAGAAAUAUGGAUUCUUGGAGAAGAGUAAGGUCUUGAUUGAUCUUUGUGCUGCGCCUGGUGGUUGGUGUCAAGUUGCUGCAGAAUGUAUGCCUAACCAAAGCAUCAUCAUCGGUGUCGAUCUCGCCCCUAUCAAGACUAUUCCUCGAGUGAUCAGUUUCCAGAGCGAUAUUACCACUGACAAGUGUCGUGCUACCAUUCGAUCCCAUCUCAAAACCUGGAAGGCAGACACCGUUCUCCACGAUGGUGCCCCCAACGUCGGUACAGCCUGGGUUCAAGAUGCUUUCUCCCAAGCAGAACUUGUGCUUGAAUCGUUGAAACUGGCUACGGAGUUUUUGAUCGAAGGUGGAACAUUUGUCACAAAGGUUUUCCGAUCCAAGGACUACAACCCUCUUCUGUGGGUGUUCAAGCAACUGUUCACAUCUGUUGAGGCAACCAAGCCUCCAUCCUCUCGUAACGUCUCAGCCGAAAUUUUCGUUGUUUGCCGUGGAUUCAAGGCCCCCAAGCGCAUCGACCCGAAGUUCCUUGACUCCAGACACGUUUUUGCGGAGCUGUCAGCCCCAACACCCAACAAUGAAGCCAAGGUCUUCAACCCCGAAGUGAAGAAGCGAAAGCGUGAAGGUUACGAGGAGGGUGACUACACUCAAUUCAAGGAAAUUUCUGUUACCGAAUUCGUCAACACCACAGAUCCCAUCGCCAUUUUGGGUCAAUACAAUAAGCUGAGCUUUCAACAACCGCCUGGUGGCGAUCUUGCAUUGUCUACUGUGGACCGACUGGAAGAAACCACCGAUGAGAUCCGAAAAUGCUGUGAGGAUUUGAAGAUUCUCGGAAGGAAAGAGUUCCGCAGCUUGCUCAAGUGGCGCUUGAAGCUCCGCGAGAAGUUUGGACUGGUUGUGAAGAAAAGCAAGGAACAGGAAGCAGAGAGUGAGGAAGUUGCGGAAGUCGCUCCCAUGGACGAGGAAUUAGCUAUUCAGGAGUCAUUGCUUCGCAUGCGUGAGAAGGAGACUACACGUGAGAAGAAGGAGAGACGCAAGGAAAACGAAAAGAAGCGAAAGGAGAUUGUUCGUUUGCAAAUGCACAUGACGACUCCUAUGGAAAUCGGUAUGGAGCAGAUCGGCCCCGACUCCACAUUUACCCUUCGACGCGUGGAUAAGGCUGGCGCACGAGAUGCCGUUGUCAAUGCCCGAAACGUUCCUGUUGAGAGCGAGAGUGAGAGCGAGUCCUCGGAGGAUGAAGACAGCGAUGAUGAUGGAGAUCGCUUGGAAAGAGACCUCGAUUCGAUGUACGACCAAUACCAAGAGCGGAUGGAGGACAGAGACACCAAACUGCGCGCGAAGAAGAAUCGCAAGAAGUAUCAGACCGACGAAUGGGAUGGUUUCUCUGAAGAUAACAAGAGUGAUGACGAGGAAGAAGAAGAAGAGUCCCAUGUCGAUAUUCCUGCGGAGCAGGCACCUCCUACCGCUAACCUUUCCAAUAACGCAUCACUUUUCUUUGAUCAAGAUAUCUUCCAAGGAUUAGGCGAGGAGGAGGAAGAAGAAGAGGAAGAAGAAGAGGAAGAGGAAGAGGAAGAGGAAGAGGAAGAGGAAGAGGAGGAAGAGGAGGAGGAUGAAGACAUGGAUGACGAGGAUGUCGAUGAGGAAGAUGAGGAGGAAGACAGCGAUAUCGAGGAUAUCCCUGUCCAGAAACAAAAGAAGGCGAAGAAAGCAGAGCCAGAGUGGGUUGAUGACGAUGAGAUUCAAUACAUCGAUGAGCCUCGGAAGCCUAACGGCCAGCUGGAUAUCGAUAUUAUCACUGCCGAGGCCAUGGCAUUGGCUCAUCAGAUGGCUACUGGCGAGAGGAAGUCCACGGAUGUGAUGGAUGAUGGCUUCAACCGCUUCUCAUUCCGCGAUGUCGAUGGUCUUCCCGAAUGGUUCAUUGAUGAUGAAGGCAAGCACAGCAAGAUCCAACGUCCGAUUACCAAGGCCGCUGCAGCUGCUAUCAAGGAGAAGAUGCGCGCCAUUAAUGCCCGCCCCAUCAAGAAGGUGAUGGAAGCUAGAGGUCGUAAGAAGUUCAAGGCCGCACAGAAGCUGGAGAAGCUGCGCAAGAAGUCCGCUCUGCUGGCUGAUGAUGAGGCUCUCAGUGAACGUGACAAGGCACAGUCGAUUUCCAAGCUCAUGAGCAAGGCUACUAAGAAGAAGCCCAAGCAACAAGUCAAGCUUGUUGUGGCUCGUGGUACCAACCGCGGUAUUUCUGGUCGUCCUAAGGGUGUUAAGGGCAGAUACAAGAUUGUGGAUUCACGUAUGAAGAAGGAUAUUCGGGCUCAAAAGCGACUUGCGAAGAAGAAGUCGUAA